CCGUAUUAUGAAAAAAUGUCUUCCAGUGGUACAAUUAGAAACUGCUAUGUGGACUCCGUAAUGGGUCAGGACCCGGAGGACGUGUUCGGAGCUCGGUUUAUUCCGGCUCCACAUUCCAUGGUCCCUCGGCCGCCUGGUGCCGGGGACAGCGCAGACUUCUCUUCGUGCAAUUUCGCCCCAAAGUCCUUCUCAUCGUCCUGGUCCGCGGUCCACCCUCAGGGGAUCUAUCAUCCCUACGUCCACCACCACCACCAAUCGCAUCUGCCCGCCUCGGACGGCAGAUAUGUCGGCGCGCGCCCCUGGAUGGACCCUAUCUCGAACCACGUUCCGUUCGCCGGGUUCCACUCCACCACCAACACCAGCGGCACCCCAGCCAGGCCGUACGGGACAAAGCCGGAGGUCCCGCCUGAUGUCAAAGCCGCAGAGUGCCACCCGCAGGAGGCAGAGGCUCCACCGCUGUCCGUGGACCGCGCGGGCUCCGAGUGCGCAGAAAAGGCGAGCGCCAAGGCGCACGGAGGAAGUGAGCUAUCCAGCCAGCCCAAAGACGACAAACAACAACAACUUGACCCAAACAACCCGUCAGCAAACUGGAUCCACGCGCGCUCCACGAGAAAGAAGCGCUGCCCUUACACUAAAUAUCAGACUUUAGAGCUGGAGAAGGAGUUCCUUUAUAACAUGUAUCUGACCAGAGACCGGCGCUACGAGGUGGCCCGCAUUCUCAGCUUAACGGAGAGACAAGUAAAGAUCUGGUUCCAGAACAGGAGGAUGAAGAUGAAGAAGAUGAACAGAGAGAGGAGCAGAAAUGAGCCGAUUUAAACUUCAUUGCUGGGACCACUGCUCAUAUUUUUAUGGUUGUUUCUAUAUAUUUUUUACAUCUACGUC